UCGACCACCAGGGGCGUCGCGCGCGAUGAAUUCAAGACGGAGGUGGAAACGUAGUCGUGGGUUAUCGGGAACUCUCCUUGAAUGGAGAGAAUGGUUUCUACCACGGGGCUGAAUAUUUCGAGAAUGCAGUCGGCCGUCUCCCUUUAAACUUAACCUCGCGUUAUCCUAACGGUAUUUCGCGAAGCAUGAUCGAUACCGAGCAUUGAGGUGCCCGCUACUCCAAAAGGUGUCGAAAAUUGAAGAAGCCUUUUACAGAAGCGAGCUUCAGCCAUUAUUAUACGUACCGUUAUCAGGCUUCUCUGCGUUGCACAUGCUGCUCGUGUUAUCAAAGAUUAUUCACGAAUAUCUCGGCUCACGUCACGAUAUACUAUGAUAUUUAUUUCUCUACGGUAGGUCAUUAAUGUCGAGAAGCGAUCUACGAGUACAUGAUUCGUCGAGAGGAUUGCAAAUUUCCGAGCGUUGCUUAAAAUGGUUCUGAGUCGAAACGAUAAGAGGAAACGCAAAGAAGGCGAUCUUGUCGACCUCAUGGGGCCUUUAUCGGAAUCUCCUAAAAGGACCAAAGUGCACGCACAGAGGAAAUUUGCACAGGGAUCGGCGACCGUGUUCAGUCCCACGCAUACACCCGUAAAGGAAAAGGAGAAAACCAAGCCUGCAGUAAUUACGGAACUCAUAACCCACAAACGACCCAACACCGAAGACUUCCUGACGUUCCUUUGCUUUCGAGGUACGUCUAUACUGCCUCCAAGUUUGAAUUUCUUCAACGUCGGCCCCAAGAAGGAGAAAUCGGAAUCAAAGCUGAGCACAGCCACGGUGGAAAACAGUCCUUCGUCGUCAAGUGCAUCUACUCCUCUCGCAGAGACGGCGAAACCUAACCCAACUAAAAAGAUACAGGCCAAUAAGUCGAAAAAUGUGGUUCCAGAGAAAAAGAAAGUGUCGAAUAGGAUUCAGAAAAACAUAACCAAGUACAAAUCGACGUCAUCAACGGUUCAAGCACUGAAGAAGAAGUACCAGGAACAGCGUCUUGCCAAGCAGCGAAUCAAGAACAAAUUCAAAGCCUCUUGCGUGAUACGAACUCGUUCCUCCACGGAGAGAGCAAUCAUAAAGUCCAAUCCUAAUCUCCCUUCGAGGAAAUAUCUGUCUACGGUGGAGACAAAGAGACUUGGACUGCGAAGCAGUGCCAAUAAGUCAAAGAAAGUGAGUCUUACAAAGAGUAAAGGAAUCCCAGCGAAGCCGAAGAAGAGACCUUUAGUGAAAGAGAAGAGUCACUCGUCGAAUGUGGAGUUGUCCUCCGAUGAAGAAGUUCCAUCUACCAGAUCGAUGUCUCAGGCCAAACGAAGUCUGAGAACUGUCUCAAAGAAGAUCUGUACCAGAAGUAAAUCUGAACUGCGGAGAGUUACCAGGUCGCAUAGUGAAAUAAGCUCGCAGUCUCUCUCUCGGAGGCCUUCCAGGAAGACUAAGGAGGCUGCUGCGGUAUACAUGGAGAUUCUGGGCAGGAAGUUAGUCAGUCCUGAUCUGGAGAAUGAUGACAAUUUGUCUGUCGAUAGCUUCCCUGAGUUGCCUAAUGCACGAAGGAUUGCUCAGACUGAGAGUGAAAUCAAAGCGAAGGUUAGACAAGUCAGGCCGCAGCAGAAGGAGACCAAAAAUGAGGGCUCGAACAGUUCGAACAGGAGACCGGAGAGGGCGAAACCUGAAAGUAAAGUUAUAUUGAAGAAUAAAAGAGUUCUGCGUGUUAGGAAAUAUUGUGAGAUAGAUAGUGACGAAGAAUCUAUUAGUUCGGAAGAAACUGGCAAAGCUGGACCCAUCACAAGGCGGAGUGUUGGGAAGGGUGUUCAGCCUCCGAGUAGAAGCCUUCGGUCUUCGUCAAGGAACGUUGCUCCGAAGAGCGAAGUGCAAACAUCUAGCCAGUCUAGUAAAGAUAAAGAGAAGAUAAUCACGAAGAGGAAGAAAGAACAGCUGGGGGGUAAAGAAACGAAUAAAGAAACGGUUAAGGGUAGUGCUGCGAAGACUAAGGUAUACAAAAGUAAGGUUAAGUCCACCGAUUCCGAAGAGGAGACUUUAGGAAUGUUGUUAGACAAAUUGAAAAAGAAGAAGAGUUCCGCAGAGGCGGAGAGGGAGAGCUCUCUGGGGAAAUCGGAAGCGAAAGAGGAAAACCGCUCGGCGAAAGAGACGCCGGAAAUUAAAAUCGACCUUUCGAAGGUCUCCGAUGACGAGGAGUCUUUCAGAGGUUUCACGAAGAAGGCAAUUUCGAAAGUACUGAAUUCGUGCCAUUCACACGUUAAUGCCAAUUUGCUGGCCUCAGAAGAGGCCGAUGGGAAGUUGGAUGCAGUUAAAUCACAAGCUGUGCCACAAACGAAUGUCUCGGAGUCAAAGGAAAAGUUAUCGCUAGCCACAGAUACGUCUAUAAUGGUGUUACAAAGUGAAGCAAUUAAACAUGCCAUGGCGGAGAAUUCAAUGUACAAUGACUCAUACGAGGCCCUUGCUGCAAUUACAUCGAAGCCUGAUAAAAAGUACAGCCACGAGGUCAAGAGCUCUACGGUGAAUAUAAUUGACAUGCCGUUGUCAUCUGCUCAUGGCCGUAAGGAAAGAGUGAAUAUGUCUACCGAGCAGAUUGAAAAAUGGCUGAACGAAAGCUCGAUGGCGAAGGAGGAGAGCAAAGUUGAAAUGGAAACUGUAUCCAACUUCAGAUACGAAGUCUCCGAAAAGGUUAAAAGUGACUCGAGCCAUCUAUCGAUCUCUACGAAGAUCCAGCAUUUAGUACGACCGGUGAAUGUGACCUUAUCAAAAAUCAGUGAAAAGAAUACAAAGGAGAAACUUCUCGUGCAGGCCAAACCAGCAAUGUCACAAGUGACUGGAGUUCAUGCCUGCGCGAUAAGACCGCAGAGUGUCUCCAGUUGUCGCAGUAAAAAUAAUUCCGAAGCGAAGGAGGUAGCAAAGCGAAGGUGCUCGAAGGGCAGCAAGGACUUUUCCUAUGGAGAUGACAGCGACGCAGUGUCAAAGUCUGACCAGAACUCCACCGAUGGCUCUCCGGAGAAGAAGCCUCUAGAUAAGAGGAUCGGUAGCCCUCGGAAGCCCUUUCAACCGAAGGUUAAAGAGCGCAAAGUGAUGACUCCGAGUGCCAAUGCAUUCUCUCCAGAGAACGAGAGCAGUGUCUACGCUUUCGAGAGUGACACCGAGACCCCCGUUAGCACGCCCUUUCGGAGAAAGCUUCGAGACAACUCCAAGCUCACCGAAGGAAAUUCAUCGAAGGAUUUAGAGGUCGCGAAACCUGGGAGUGAGUGUUCAAAGGAGCCCGACAAUGAGGUGCCAAAAAUAGAGAAAAGUGUCACAAAGGUGGAGUCCUCGAGUAGCGUCCCGAUGCAGUUGUCAGGUCUGAACGUGAACAAAAUCGAGUUACCAAAGUGCUUUGCCAAUUUAACGCAUGCUCAGGUUCUGCCGUUAAACAAGCUGACGACUAACUGGAGCAACGUUAACUGCAGCUCUUCGAUAGCGGUGCAAGUGAACUUGGACGAGCAGACCCAAGAACAGUCUGUGGAUCCUGACAACGGCAACCUGCAGAAGAGUACAGAGAUUUCUACGCAGACUGACAGCAAUAAUGAUAACGAUGAUGAUAACGACGGCCAGUUAUUCUAUAUACCGCUGCAAGCGAUGACUAGGAAUGGACCUAACCUUGUUCAAGGCCAGCAAUUGAUCCAAGGUGUAGCCGUUAAAUUAGGCACCGAAGGACCCACCGGACCCAAUCAGAGAGUCCUGCUCAGAGCAAAGUUGGUUACCAAACCUCCUGUGACAGUUGCUCGUUGUCCACCCAUCGGAACGGUUCAACCUACCACCAGGACCCCUCCGAGUGCUCCGUCAUCCAUCGACCAAGCUGUGCCUUCCACAUCUACUGCUGCUACUUCUGCUUCCAUUGAAAGACAGUCUCCAGUGAACAAAACCACUGGCAAUGUUCAAGCGAACCAACAUAACCUACCCGUAGGACCCGCAGUCUCCGAUAAGGUGAACCGAUCACCCAAGAUGACCAGGGAACGGAAGGCUUCGAUCGACUCCUCCAAAAGUGGCAAAAGGUCCCAAAUGAAGCCGAAACAGAAAAUGUCAGAAAUCUGUUCGCCGAGCAACGAUACAACCUUUCCAAGUAUCAAGGAUACUAACACCGAAGCUCGUCUCGUAGAAGCUCCCACGUUUCGCCCGACAGAAAAAGACUUCCAGGACCCAUUAGAGUACAUCGACAAGAUUCGUCCCGUAGCAGAAAAGUUUGGAAUCUGUAGAGUCGUGCCUCCCCAAAAUUUCAAGCCAGAGUGCAAGGUCUCCGAUGACAUGAGGUUCACUGCGUACAAUCAGUACGUUCAUCGGAUGCUUCACAGGUGGGGACCUAACGUCAAGGAGAUGAUGGCGAUUAAAAAAUACCUGGCCACUCAGAGCAUUACCUUGACCCAUCCUCCGUGGAUAGGAGGAAUGGAGGUGGACUUGCCUCAUCUGUAUCAGACCGUGCAAAGUCUGGGAGGUCUAAAAGAAGUCAUCGAGAAGAAGAAGUGGCAAAAGGUUGCCGAUGGGAUGAAAAUCCCAAAGUCUGCCCAGGACCGUGUCACCAAGUUAGACGACAUCUAUUGUAAAUAUUUGCUGCCCUACGACACACUGUCUCCAGAGGAGAGAGAGAAACUGUUCGAUGAGGUGGAGACAGAGUGGGCGAAGAGGGAAAGCAAAGCUCUGGAGAGACUCGAUACGCAGUCCAAUGAUGACGAAGAGGAUGAAGAUGACAGUUCCGAUGAGAUGGAGGAAUGCAUAGUCAAGGGUAGGAAUAUGCCACUGAAUGCCUUUUACCGGAUCGCUCGCAACACCCAGAGGAUGUGGUUCGGGGAGAACCAGCGAUCAGGAAGUGAAACCGAGGGCGCCUCCGCAGACGAGGUGGAGACAGCGUUUUGGAAGCACGUCGCCGAGAGGAAGCGACACGUGUGCGUGCACGCUGCCAGCAUAGAUUCCAGCGGACGUGGGUUCGGGUUCUCCGUGGCGAAGAACAGUCCUUUUGCCAGGCACCCUUGGAACUUAAAAGUCCUGACGAAUAACGCGGGCUCUGUCCUCCGAGCCCUGGGACCGCUGAUGGGAGUUACCGUGCCGACCCUCCACGUGGGGAUGUUGUUCAGUGCAUGUUGUUGGUACCGAGACCCCCACGGCCUGCCCUGGAUAGAGUACUUGCACACGGGCGCGAAGAAGAUCUGGUACGGCAUCCCGGACGAGCACAAUUACAACUUCAAGAAGGCGCUCGCGAAGAUGGUGCCCCGUUACUGUAAGAACAAGACGAUCUGGUUGCCCUCGGACACGGCGAUGGUGCCGCCGGAGACGUUGGUCAGCAACGGGGUCUCCCUGUGCCAAACCGUCCAGGAGCCUGGCCAGUUCAUCGUCGUCUUCCCCAAGGCGUUCACCUCCAGCAUCUGCACCGGCUACGUCGUCUCCGAGAGCGUCUAUUUCGCCCACUCGUCCUGGCUCGAAACCGCGGAACAGGUCUUCAAGGACAUACACGACAGCUGCGAGCCGUCGAUAUUUUCGUUCGAGAGGCUGCUUAUCAGUAUUAUCAACGACACGAGGUCCCACAUCGACGUACUUAAACAGAUCUUGCCGACGGUGAUGAGAAUCCGCGACAGGGAGAUCGACUACCGGAGGCAAUUACAAGGCUCGGGUCUCCUUAACACGGAGAAAUUGCCACUGCCGGAUAGUGGGAAAGGGAAGAAAGGGAAAAGGGUUAAGGAAGACGACGGAGACUUCGAGUGCGAGACUUGUCGAGCGAACUUGUUCGUCUCUUUGGUGAACAACUCCCAGGACGACAGCGUCUAUUGUCUGCCGCACGCUCUUCAGCUGAUCUCGAGAAAGAAGAAUCUACUGAAGAGCUGCACUCUCAUGUACACUUACAGCGAGGACGAGCUGGACGAGCUGAUUCAAAAGCUGGAGGACAGGAUCGAAGCCAAAUCUAGGAAGACUAAUCAAAUCAGGCAGAGCAAAUAGACCGCCGGGAUCUAGAAAUUAUUUAUUAACAUAGGGAGAUCGAGAUUGCGACUUAAUAGAGCCGAUUGUUACGAUGGUUUAAUAUACCAUUCGCGCCUUGGCCUUAUUUAUUCCACUUCCCUUAAGGAUUUCAUUUCGCUUUUUCGUCCCUUAUGAGAGCAAGUGCCAAGACGUCGAAGAACUGCUUUCCCCGUGAAGUAGUUUACUGUAAUCUAUCUAGAGAAGUUAUGAAAAAAAUAUAUAAAAAGAACAAUUUCAUUUCGAUAUCGUAACGAGUAGUCGUAGAACGUUGACGUAAAUAAAUGUUGAAGAGGGAAAAAGAAGAAAAAAAAAAUUACUCUCUGCGAUUUUAAUGUUAAUCGCUCCUGGUGGAAAGCACUGCCCCCUAGAACUUUAUCGCGAACUAUUAUAACAUUAUAUUUAUUUAUUCCAAUGGUUGAGAUCUUAUUCUAUCGCGAGAUGCAUCCGUUAAUUAAUUCAUUGCGGACCUUCCGAUAAUAAUUAAUUAAUUAAUUAAUUAAUUAUUCAGUUCUCCGUAGCCGUCUAUCUUUAAUGUAAUUCUGCUUCUCCCUUAAGUUGUAUAUACAUAUUAUGUGUGUAAAUAUAUAUAUAUAUAUAUAUAUAUACACACACACGCGUUCGGUAAACGUUUCGAAUAAAAGUGUACUUGAAUACAAGUUCCUUUACCUCUUUCUAACUUAACGUGAAAUGAAACCUCUAAUAAGUCGAUAUAAAUGCGAAAGUCGACAAAGCAGGUACCUAGAAGAAUCUCGUUUGCCGACGUCGGUGAGAUUUCCAAACGCGUUUCACUUCACCUUAAGUAAAGAAAGAAAAGAAAAAAAGAGUCUUACCAGAAUUUAGAAACUUGAGGGGGGUCUCACUUCAUUUUAAGAAUAAGUUUGUCGGGGCUUAUCUUCGCUUUCCACUGAUAAAGGGCACACACACACACACACACUCAGAGCGUGCAAAGAUGCAGGAACGAAUUCCAAUGAAAUCUGAAAAAGAGUAUGUACGUGAAAUGUUUAUUAGCAAUGUAAUAAAUUCGUAAAAUCAAAUGCCACGCCUGGAGCCUCAAUAUGAGGACGAAAUUAGAAUGACUGUUCUUGCGCCAAGUCUACCCAGUUCUCAGGAUAAAAACCUUUCGACAAGACGGAGUGGAAUCCCAGAUGGAAUAAAUAAUCGAGGGAUUAAUUAAUAAUAUUGUAUGAUUAAUUCCAGUUAACUAGAGUAAAUAGGAAAUUACUGGUAACGCAAGAAAGUGCACUGUGCCGAACACUUUCCAGUCCGUCGAGUUGAGGCCAUUCGACAAGUAGUCCUCCUCUAAUUAUCACUAAACCUGUACAGCGAUGUUUAAACUCAUUAACCAGUGGGUCGCAAUAAAUAAUUCCUAAAACUU